UACGCUGCAAGAAAGGGGCGGGGCCUUCAACGUCGGCCUGAACGAGGGGACGCAACGGAGGCAGGCCGGAGCCGCUGCCGUCGCCAUGACCCGCGGUAACCAGCGCGAGCUCGCCCGCCAGAAGAAUAUGAAAAAGCAGAGCGACUCCGUUAAAGGAAAGCGUCGAGAUGACGGGCUAUCUGCUGCCGCCCGCAAGCAGAGUGCCCCAUCAUCUCUACCCCCAGGGACUCGGAGAUCAUGCAGCAGAAGCAGAAAAAGGCAAACGAGAAGAAGGAGGAACCCAAGUAGCUUUGUGGCUUCGUGUCCAACCCUCUUGCCCUUCGCCUGUGUGCCUGGAGCCAGUCCCACCACGCUCGCGUUUCCUCCUGUAGUGCUCACAGGUCCCAGCACCGAUGGCAUUCCCUUUGCCCUGAGUCUGCAGUGGGUCCCUUUUGUGCUUCCUUCCCCUCAGGUAGCCUCUCCCGCCCUGGGCAACUCUUGGGGGUGAGGGGGGGUUACCCCUUCCCAGUGUUUUUUAUUCCUGUGGGGCUCACCCCAAAGUAUUAAAAGUAGCUUUGUAAUUC